AUGGCGUUGAGCUUGCGGCGCAUGCUUCCUUCCGUGCACCGGGCGUCCCGGCCUCUGCUCCGGAGCCUGGCAGCAGCCCCCAGCCCACCUCCACCGCCGACGGAAUCCCUGAAGCCCCAAGCGCCUAAAGUCUACCGCCAGCGCCUUCUGGAUGGAGGGGAAGAGGUCUUGACCGAAGCAGAGAAGCAGGAGAAGGACGAAAUCAUCAAGGACCUAACCAGGCGACUGAGUGGUCCUUUGGCGGACGAGGAUGGAAACGUGCCCACAGGAGAAGACCGGCCCAUUGCUAUUGAAGUAGAUGGGCCGUCCCACUUCUAUGCAAACUCGAAGCGCUACACUGCUUACACAAAGCUGAAGCACCGACUUCUCACAAGAAUGGGCUACAAAGUGCUGCAUGUUCCGUACUACGAGUGGAGAUCUCUGCGGGGCGCAGUGGAGAGAGAGGACUACAUGCGGAAGAAGCUGAAAGAAGAGCCCACGGAGUGGUUGGAUCCGGAAGACGAGAAGUACUACACGCAGGGACCGGAUGAAGGUGAGGAUGAGUUCUCGGUGAAGCCGGAGGCAUCGACCCAUACUAGCAAGCCCGACACUGCUGCCUGGCCGGCCACCCCGAACCCCCCGCCGCCGCGGCAAGCGCAGCCACAACCGACCCCCUCCCAGCCUUCUCAGGCUUCACAGCCGCCUCCUCCGCCAACCACGGCCAUGCCCCCGCUCCGAGGCAUUCCCGUCAUAUCCCAAACCACCACGGAAGUGAGCAAGGGAAACAAAGCAGGUUGGGAGGGUGUUGUUUGCAAGGUCACCCGCUUGCACAGGCACAACCGGACUGCGAGCACAGCUUUCCACAGCAUCUUCGGCAGGUGGUCGGGAUCUCAAGAGUGCAAGGUGUUGCCGACUGAAGACGUCCUUACGUUCCAGAAGGACGGCAGCGUCGUCACAUCAAGAGGUCUUGGCAAGUGGCACCUGGACCGAUCACAGGCCCGUGUCUGCGAUGAGCAGGGCAGUGCCGAAAUCUUCUUCGGAUCAGUGGCAAGCUAUGAGUCCAGGCAAGUGGAAGCGCAGUACUAUUUGGGGGCGGUUGAACAGAUUUGGAGCUGUGAGCCCGGAAAACGCGUGGACAAGAUGUGUCACGCAAACGAGUGCGAGCCGGGCCUACUGCUAGGAGGGGACGAGGAUGCCGAUCCCGACUUCGAAGAGAUGGUGAGCGAUCUGCGUCGCAGCUUCGUCGGCUGGCUGAAGAAGGCUGAGCUUGAGCUGAAGCAGCACCGCAGCGAUGUGAGGCGAGGGCGGCAGGCCUUCGAGGAGGAGAAGCUGUCGGUUUGGCAGCAGUUUGUGGCGGAGAAGCAGCGGGAGGUGGAGAAGAUCCGUGAAGACCGGCGCCACGCCGAGGAUGAGAUGGCGACACAGCUCAGGCAGGUUCAAGCGGACAUCGAAGAGUCCAGGCAGCGCAUCAGCGAGGAGCGCAUGCGCGUCGAACAGGAGGGUGCGCAGCGAAGGAGGGGAGUGGCGCACGAGUACGAGAAGUUCCGUCAGGAGUACGGGCUCUUCGAGACAGAGCGGCAACGCCUGGCGAACCCCCAGCUGGCAGCUGAGACGACCGUGGACCUGAACGUGGGAGGUACGAUCUUUGAGACGACCAGGUCCACGCUGGUCCAGCAGUCUGGCAGCUUCCUGGAGACCUUGCUCUCUGGCCGGUAUCAGAUCAGCCGCGACCGCUAUGGCCGGAUCUUCCUGAACCGUGAUCCGGAGCAUUUCAGGACGAUCCUCAACUUCCUGCGCAAUCCGCAAACCCCACCCAUGCCGCGGGACGCUGCCGAGUCCGAGGCACUGAUUCAGGAGGCUACGUACUACGGCGUGCACUUCUUUCCGUUUCCGUUGGUGUUCGCGGCGGGGGGGCACGACGGCUAUGAGCAUCUUCGGGCAAUGGAGGUCCUGGAUGUUGGGAAUCAGUGCUGGCGGCCCUGUCGAGCUAUGUCAACAGAACGUACUUACUUCGGCGCAGCAACGCUGCGGAACCGCUUGCACGUUUAUGGUGGCCAGAACUUGGACUACAAGGCGCUGUGCGACGUCGAGAUCUACGACUGCCUUCGGGACACAUGGGAGGCCGGUUCAGCCAUGCGUUUCCCACGCCGCAACUGCGCAAGCUGCGAGCUCGAGGGGCGAGUCUACGCUUUGGGAGGCUUCGACGGAUCCCGCAUCUUGAACUCCGUGGAGGCCUAUGACAGUCGUCUCAAGAGCUGGAUGCAAAUGGAGCCAUUGCCGACACCUCGCUCUUCUGCGAUGGCGACCACGAGUGGAGGUAAAGUCUGGGUCCUGGGCGGCACGUCGGGGACCAGGCUCAACACCGUCGAUGUCUUUGACCCCCGUGCCAAUCGCUGGGAGGCAUUGAAGACCGAGAUGGCGGAGGUCCGUUCGGCGGGACAGGCUGCCAACUGCGUCCACCAUGUCUUUGCACUGGGUGGGACCGAUGAGGAUCAGAGGAUCCACUUCUCGGCCGAAUGCUUAGACCCGGAUGAGAACCGGUUCAGUCAGCGCGCGCCGAUGCAGGAAUCAAGAAUGGACUUCGCCGCAGCAGUGAUCUCCGAUUCGAUCAUGGUCAGCGGCGGGCAGAAUGGAAGCGUUCUAUCAUCGACGGAGUUUUACAGGCCUGAGCUGGACGAGUGGCAGGCGGGACCUGCAAUGACAAUUCCAAGAUACGGCCACCAGUGCCUGCUGUGCAGCCUCUAA